UUCAACUCCCUCUUCCGAACUCCCGCCACCAUCACCAAGCUCUCCGGGCAGACUUACCUCGGCUGCUACGCCGACAGCACCACCAACCGCAAGCUCAGCUACCUCGCCAGCAACAACCAGGUUAGCAUGACUGUCGAGACCUGUGUCGGAUUGUGCAGCUCGAAGAGCUAUGAACUUUCCGGCCUGUAAUACAGCUACUAGUGCUGGUGCGGCAGGUUGUUCAAUGUCAACCUUAGGACCGCUGCUGCCGGCAGCAACUGCAGGAGCGUCUGUAUUAGGGACAGCAAGGAUAUCUGGAGGAGAGUCGUCAUACGACACCGUCGACACGCUUAUCAACUCAACGAAGCUUCCGAAGUCGCUGGCCACGGUCACAGCCAACAGCCUGACGUACAACCUCAUUGGCUGCCAUAAUGACCGCACCGACAAGGCUGGCUGCGCACUCAUCGACUUCUACGCUUCCGACGCCGGCAUAACCCAGCAGAAGUGCGUCCACUUUGCCAACAUGAGUCUCGCCAGGGGCAUCUACGCCUACAUUGCCACCGAGUACGGCACUGGUGAGCGUCUUGUCCCCUUUUGAGCGAUAGCGUUGCCAUAUGCGAACAAUGUACUUAGCCGGUCCUGCACUACGCUCCGCUUUUUCGUCUUCCGUAGCAUGCGGCGCCGGCCACACGCUCAAGUACGGCAGCACUGACGCUACGUGCGACAUGGCCUGCAGCGGCCAUCACUUCCCCAUGUCGCUGACCAAGCUCAUUCAGCCU